AUGAAGCCGCCAACCCCCAUCUCAGCCGCACUCUUCAUACUCGGCCUCAUACUGUCACCAACAACCACAGCUCACGGUCACAGUCACAACCAUAAUCAUAAACCCCACUCACACGGCGCCCGUGCAAUCUCCUCUCGUGGCCUGGACUCAGGACCCAAUAAGCCUCUGCUGGCCGGUUACAGUCUCACCUGGCACGAAGAAUUCAACCAGCCGUCCAGCGGUGCAGUCGAACAGCCCAGUGCUGCAAAAUGGCUCUAUGCUACAGGGCAGAGCUACCCGGCCAGCUGGGAAGAUCAUGGACUCCAUAUCGAGUCAUAUACAGCGGAUACUGAGAAUAUCCAUCUUACAAAGCAGGGGACGCUAUCCAUCACCCCGCGGAAGAAAAGCAAUAGGCUCUGGACAAGCGCGCGUAUCGAGACAGUCCGCAAAGACUUCAAAGCCGAGCGCGGCGGGAAACUAUUCAUCGACGCGCGGAUCAAGACGGGGUGUGCCGCUGCUGGUGUCUCGGUUUCGACACUAGAAAAGGCAUCGCCUGCGGAUGCAGUCACCUUCCGCUUCUGGGCUCUCGGCACAGAGAUCCGCGGGAAUGAUCGGGAUACGUGCCUGGACUGGCCGGCUGUGUCGGAGUGGGAUAUCGCUGAGAUUGUCCAAGGCGAGGAGAAAGUCCAUCAGGCACUGCAUUGCGGAACCGCACCCGGCGGGCCCUGUAAUGAGUUUGCGGGCUUGACGAGCAGUGCUUUAUGGAGAGACUGUAACUGGCACUACCUUGGCUUCGAGGUCGACCGCACGCAGUUCAGCAGCGACGGGGCGGAGAUGUGGGAAGACAAUACACUGAACUGGUAUCUGGACGGGGUGAAGACGUUUUCGCUAAGCGGGCGGGAUGUCGGCGACCGCGAUGUCUGGGAGAAGAUCGCGUACCAGGGGCAUUUCCUGCUGCUAGAUGUUGCUGUUGGUCGGGAUGUGACUGAGGAUCAGGAUGAUACUGCGGCGAGUUCAAGGCUGGAGGUGGAUUAUGUGAGGGUGUGGAACAGUAAUCAGACUUCGUUCUUCGCGGAGUUCGAGCUGCAUGACUCGACUGGUGCAUAG